UGAUACUUUUGAAGCCUGUGCUAAACAACAGUGAUUCCCAAAUCUCAAACCAAAAAACCCAAACUCACAUUCCCGGGCACCCAACUAUGCAGCAGCAACAACAGUCCCCUCCGGCGCCGGCGACUACGGAGGCGCCGCCGAAGCAAGUGGCCCUAGCAAUGGACCGCCUGAACCACGCCGGCCGUUUGAUCGCCGACAUCAGAUUAGGCGCCGACCGGAUUCUCGAAGCCAUGUUCAUGGCCGGUCAAAACCGGCAGUCAAACAAGCCCUUAAAAUUAAUCGUCCAAGAAGAGUCUUCUAUGCGCCAGUUUCUCCAGGACCUCCGUGCCGUCGGAAAGCAGCUAGAAGAUUCUGGGGUUCUGAAUGAAUCUCUUCGCUCAAGAAGCAAUUCUUGGGGUCUUCACAUGCCUUUGGUAUGCCCAGAUGGCGCUGUUGUUGCAUAUGCGUGGAAACGUCAACUUGCUGGUCAGGCUGGUGCAUCUGCUGUUGAUCGGACCAGGUUGGCAUUGAAGGCAUUUACUGAUCAGAAGAAGAGAUUCUUUCCCCAUCUUGAUGAUGAUAACGAGACCGGAUCACCAUUGAAGAAACGUUGUGAUAAGGAAACAUCAACAGGGAGCGAGGAAGAGGAGCCGAGCGAAUUAACAACAGUAUCUGAUAUUCUGUUGUCCCUGGAAAAAGAAGUCCAGGACGUCAAAACUUUUACAUACCAGCGGUUGAAAUGGUUAAAACGCGCAGCCUUGCUACCCAUGUCAUCUAGUGAGCCCUUUAUGGACCCAUCAAAAGAGCACAGCUUUCAUAACUCAAAUAAGUUAGGACACUCAACAAUGAAAGAUGAUGCCGCAGGGAAGAUUUCUGUAAUUGAGCUGUUGUUUCCUUCGAUCUUCAGAGCUGUACUGUCCUUGCAUCCAGCUGGCUCUGUGUAUCCUGAUGCUGUGGCUUUCUUUUCACCUGAUGAGGGUGGCAGCUAUCUACAUGCUAGGGGUUUUUCUGUUCAUCAUGUAUUCAGACACAUAACGGAACAUGCUGCUCUAGCACUGCAGUACUUUACCGGCAUCAAAGCUGAAACAGCAUUACAUUCCCUGUUGCUAUGGAUAUGCAGCUAUCGAACUCUAUUCACCAAAGUCUGCAGUAAAUGUCGGCGCCUGCUGUCAAUGGACAAACAAUCUGCUCUGAUGCUACCUCCUGUUCAACGCCCUUAUCGGGACUUUCCUGUUAGAAAGUUUACAUCAAGCGAACAAAGCUCAGCCACUAAUCACUACCAGAUAAUUGACAGCAUUGAGGCUUAUCAUAUCGGCUGCUUUCCAGAGGAAAUAUAGCUGCCAUAAUCGUUGUAGAGACAAAUGUGCCCAGAUCCGUAGCUCCUUGCACAGAUAUCUCAAGUGAAGUGUUUUGACAUGUGUAAAUAUUUAUAUGGUCCAACUGGGGUAUCAAAUGGUUUCUUACUUGGAUUAUUAACCAUCGAGUUUAGUUAGUGCAUCAAUUAUUGUUUUUGAAGUUGUCCUUGGGAAUAUCAAUCAUGCAAGUUAAUGUUGUCGGAUGUAGCCCUUGAUGAUUCCUUGUUUGUGUCAUAUGUACACCUUGUUCUUUAUUAAUCUUGAAUUUUUUAUCCUAGUUAUAUAUAAGCCAUGGAUUAAGGGGUUUGUUGUCCAUAGAAA